AUAUUAUAAAGAUUCCUGUCGUCAGCAACUGUGACGUCCUCUAGGAAGUUGCCCAUUUAUGGCUACUAGAGCAAAUGAUAUCAUCACAAUAGGUGGCUCCUGUCUAAAUAGGGAUCAUUUGUGAAAUGAGAUUAGAGACAUUUAUCUGAAAAACAGGAGACGGAGGCACCUGCUUUCUGUAGUUGAUAUCCCGAGGAAUCAUACUGCACGCUAAUUAAGGCAUAAAUCUUCAUUUCUAAUUCUAUUACGUGAGAGGAGCAUCCUAUUCCUUCUCGGUACCAAACAGCCCCCACAUCCACAUGGAAUAAACUCCAGAUCCAUGUUUUCUAUUAUGCUUGAAUAUAUGGGACAUGCAUUGCAAUCCUAUGCUUGCCCCACUGCUGCAGUAUACUUGUUUUGCAGAGCUCUGUAGCAGGCUAGUCCAAGCUGUGACUAACCAGAUCUGUGGAUACCUACUUUGCAAUCUCUGGCCUUAAUCUUUUUUUUGCAAUGAUUUUGAAUUGCUCACUGAGUACACAGCUGCCUGUUUGGUGAGAAGCUUCGUGCUCUAUGCAUUUGGAUGCUGUAAGCAGUGCAGCAAUAGUCUUUCCACGCCAUCAUGCUUCUGGCUGAGGAGGACGGGCUGGGGCAUCCCUUCAGAGCCCAUUAACAUCAAUCCUUAGUUGGCAGAGUGGUGCAGAAUUGAUGUUUAACACAAGAAACGCCCUCCUAGGAGCAGAGUGCUGCUUUCACAUGGUGUUGCCAACCCAUAGAGCGAGAGACUGGGCUCCUCCGGAGUCACAGUGUACCCUCUGUGGGGAACCGGAAGAUCAACAGUACUCAUGGUCACCAACUCAGCACUUCAAUGAAGAGAGAUACUCUCCUGCUCCAAGGAAUAUGAAAGGAUUAUCCAGUAGUCGAAAUCAACCACAGUUAUGUUCCGGUCAUACCUGUGGCUUAACACCCCCUGAAGAUUGUGAACAUACCCACGACCACCUUCACCAUGGGCAGGAGCCAAGGCAAUCAUACCUGCUUAGCCCUACAGAGAGCUGUCCCAUGGAUCACCAUCGCUGCUCACCACGGAGCUCCAUCCAUUCCGAAUGUAUGAUGAUGCCCAUGAUGAUGGGCGAUCACAUGUCCAGUAGCACUUUUCCCAGAAUGCACUACAGCUCACAUUACGAUACAAGGGACGACUGCGCCAUGUCUCACGCUAGCACUAAAAUCAAUCGGAUCCCCGCUAAUCUCCUAGAUCAGUUUGAGAAACAGCUUCCUCUACACAGGGAUGGAUUCCAUACUUUACAAUAUCAGAGGACUUCAAAUGCUGCAGAACAACGGAGUGAAAGCCCAGGGAGAAUACGACACCUUGUCCAUUCAGUUCAGAAGCUUUUCACCAAGUCUCAUUCUUUAGAAGGCUCUUCCAAAAGUAAUGUCAAUGGUACCAAGAGUGACAGUAGAGGGGAUGAUCAUCAUCAUGGCCAUCCUUCUAAACAUAGCAAAAGGAGCAAAAGCAAGGAGCGAAAGCCUGAAAGCAAGCAUAAAUCUGGAAUGAGCAGUUGGUGGAGCUCUGAUGACAAUUUGGACAGUGAUAGCACUUAUCGAACACCAAGUGUGGUGAAUCGACACCAUGUGGAUCAUAUCUCCCAUUGCUACCCUGAUGCUCUCCAGAGUCAUUUUGGGGAUCUCUCCCUAAAGACUUCAAAAAGUAAUAAUGACAUGAAAUGCUCAGCAUGUGAAGGCUUAGCUAUGACCCCUGAUGGGAAAUAUAUGAAAAGGAGUUCCUGGUCAACUCUCACAGUAAGCCAGGCAAAAGAAGCUUACCGAAAAAGUUCAUUGAACUUAGAUAAGCCUCUGGUCCAUCAGGAAAUUAAGCCUGCCUUGAGGCCAUGUCAUUACCUUCAGGUGCCUCAAGAUGAAUGGGGAGGGUACCCCACUGGCGGUAAAGAUGAGGAGAUACCCUGCAGAAGGAUGAGGAGUGGGAGUUAUAUUAAAGCCAUGGGAGAUGAGGAGAGUGGAGAAUCUGACUCUAGUCCCAAAACAUCACCAAAAGUAGCAGUCCGAACAGAGGCAUUGUUAAAGUCCAUUGGACAGAGACCACUUGGAGAUCACCAAACCCAGAGCUACCUACAAGCUGCAGGUGAUGUGCCUGGUGGUCACAACCUGGAUCCCACUGCUAACUACAACUCUCCAAAAUUCCGCUCCAGGAAUCAGAGCUACAUGCGAGCAGUCAGCACUCUGAGUCAGGCCAGCUGCGUUAGUCAGAUGAGUGAAGCUGAGAUCAACGGACAGUUUGAAUCGGUGUGUGAAUCAGUCUUUAGUGAAGUUGAAUCUCAGGCCAUGGAUGCCCUAGAUCUUCCUGGUUGCUUCAGAACAAGAAGUCACAGUUAUCUGAGAGCCAUUCAGGCUGGCUACUCCCAAGAUGAUGAAUGUAUUCCUGCAAUGACAUCUUCUAACAUCACCUCAACUAUCAGGUCAACAACAGCUGUAUCAUACACAAGUUAUAAAAAAACACCACCACCAGUACCCCCUCGGACAACGUCCAAGCCUCUGAUUUCUGUCACCGCCCAGAGCAGCACCGAAUCUACCCAGGAUGCCUACCAUGACAGCCGGACUCAGAGGAUCCCUCCGUGGCCACAAGAUGGCCGAGGCCUGUACAAUUCCACAGAUAGCCUGGACAGUAACAAGGCCAUGAAUCUCGCCCUAGAAACAGCAGCCGCCCAACGCCAUGCCUCUGAGAGCCAAAGCAGCUCGGUUCGAACUAGUGACAAGGCUGUCUUGGUGACAAAAGCUGAGGAGUUCCUCAAGAGCCGACGUUCCUCAAUAGGAAUUCAGGUGGAAACAGCAACUGAUUCUGAUACAGAGAGCAGAGGCCUACGAGAAUACCACUCUGUUGGAAUACAAGUAGAAGAUGAUAAACGACAUGGUCGGUUUAAACGUUCAAAUAGUGUGACAGCUGCAGUUCAGGCUGACCUGGAACUGGAGGGCUUUCCUGGACAUAUUACUAUGGAAGACAAGGGUCUUCAGUUUGGUUCAUCAUUUCAGCGACAUUCAGAACCUAGUACUCCUACCCAAUAUGGCGCAGUAAGAACUGUACGGACACAAGGACUUUUCAGUUACCGAGAAGAUUAUAGGACCCCAGUUGACACCUCAAAUCUUCCCCCACCUGACCCUUGGCUGGAGCCAUCAAUUGAGACAGUAGAAACUGGAAGGAUGUCACCAUGUCGACGGGAUGGAACAUGGUUUAUGAAGCUACUGCACACAGAGACAAAAAGGAUGGAAGGAUGGUGUAAAGAGAUGGAAAGAGAAGCAGAAGAAAAUGAUCUCUCUGAAGAAAUUCUAGGUAAAAUCAGGAGUGCAGUUGGAAGUGCUCAGCUUCUUAUGUCUCAGAAGUUCCAGCAAUUUUAUUGGCUCUGUCAGCAAAAUUUGGAUCCUAGUGCUAUGCCAAGGCCUACUUCCCAAGACCUGGCAGGAUUUUGGGACUUAUUGCAGCUCUCAAUUGAAGAUGUCAGCAUGAAGUUUGAUGAACUCCACCAGCUGAAGCUCAAUGAAUGGAAGCUAAUAGAAUCCCCUGAAAGAAAGGAAGAAAGAAAGGUUCCCCCUCCAGUACCAAAGAAGCCUCCAAAAGGGAAAUUUCCAAUCACAAGAGAAAAGUCUCUAGACCUACCUGACAGACAGCGCCAAGAAGCCAGAAGACGGCUCAUGGCUGCCAAGAGGGCAGCCUCCUUUCGGCAGAAUUCAGCCACGGAGCGAGCAGACAGCAUUGAGAUCUACAUCCCUGAGGCCCAAACCAGGCUUUAAAGACAGAAUCCUGCAACAACAUUUCCUUUUUUUUAAACAAACAAAAAAGCUUGUACAGUUUGUCACUUAAUCUGGUAAUUUCUGUCUCAUUUUCUCCACUGAAUAUGCCCUUGCUGUUGUGUUCUUUGUGCCAUAAGCACAGUGGAAUGUUUUUAUUUUUUCAAGUUUGCCGAGCUCAUUGCAAGAAUGACUUCUUUUUGUAUUUAUUGUCUGACUUACAAUCAGCUACAAUGGAUAGGGCUUGGUGAGACCUGACUUAUCCAAUAUGUUCUCAGAGGACAACAAGAAACACCUCUUGAGAUGGAACCCAGCUUACCUUUUUUUGUUAUUUAUAUUUUUAUAAAUUGUGUGAUAAUUAGGGAUAAGAAUAACAAAUUAUAAAAUGGGUGCAUCUCACCAUUCACUAGAGGCAUUAGCUAACCAAGUAGAAGGUGCUACAAUGGCAAGUGCAUGACAGAAAGACCCCAUGUCUCUCACCUCCAGUUUGCUUUUCUUCAAAUCCAACGCAAUUAUUUGCCCAUGUGCACUGCCAUUCUCUUCAUCUUUGUUACUAUGGGAAAACAUUAAGACUUUCAUGUCAUGUCAAGUUUUUGGCAAUGAGAAGGGAUCUAUCUAGUCAUUAUUCUCUGCACGUAGACAGGUAGCUCUCCACAAGCCCAGGAGCCUAACCUUCUGAACCCAUUAAAAAUAUCUGGUAAGAUCUUCCUCCCUCCCCAGGAACCAAAUCACCAUUUUCCCAAAGCUCAGUUUAAUUUUAAAGCAAAAGGACUUAAAAACAACAGGUGAAAAGAAAGUGGUAGCCUUAAAGCUUCUCUUCCAUAGCAAAGUAUAAGAGCAUAGUUAUACUUAUUCCUAGGAAAUAGUUAUUGUCAUUUCAGUUCUUUUCAUGAGUUUUUUUUUAAUCAUUCGUAUUUUACUUUUCAUUUCACCAGUGAAAUUACAUGUGAUAGGUCAUAUUCUCAAAAUGCUGUAUCAGUUAAAAUUCCAGGAUAUCCUUGAAAAAAAAAAAAGUUUGCUUGUUUAAAAUGCCAGUCGUGAUGUUGUAACCAGUUUAAGAAAUUUGAAUGUGAGUGGUAAGUAUAUCUCAGUUUAAAUGGUAAAGGUGAAAUGUAGCUUACUUUGGAAUUUUUUUUUCAGAACUCUUUUUUCCUAUGCAGUAUCAGCGAAGGCAAGUACCUUGCUUAUAAAGACAUAAAGAAACUGAUUCAAGAAUUAAGGGAUUUCCAGCUCUGGAAUUUAAGAAGUAUUACCAUGUUUUCGGGACAUUGAUUAACAUGAGCAAAAACAGGAGACAGUCCAGUCUAGCAGUUUUCAAUUCUGAAUUAAGUUUAAAUAUGAUAAUCUUUAUUCUAGCUUCCCACUGGACAUGAGGACUCUUACUUAAAGACUUCUCUCUCCAAAGGAAGACCCAAUAAAAUAUAUCUAAUGGAGCCCAAUCUCCACAUGAAUUAAGUUGAAAUACAGGAGUAUUUAUUCCAGCUUCCCACUGGAAAGUGAGUGUCCUAAUUCAGAAACCCUCUCCAAAGGAAGACGGAAUAGGGAGGAUCUAAUAGAUUCAAAUUUCCUCUGACUUUGGAUGACUACUCCCUGUUAAAGCAGGAUGGCAACAUAUGAAAGAUAUUUUGAACAACUACCACGUUUUCUGUUUACCUGCUUUAAUAAAUACCAUGUACUUAGCCAUAUGCAAAACAGCUUCUCAAUUAUACUCUAGCACUUUGUUAUUGUGGGUUUUUUUUUCCACCUUGAUUAGCACUUUAAAUAAGUACUCAGCUCACUCUGCAGCCUGCCACAUUAUUAUAAGCAUUAAGUAGCAGAGAUUGCACAGCUUAUAAAAAUCCGGACAUUGGAUAACAAUGAAGUUUUCCUUUGUUCUUUUGGGCUUUUUUCUUUUUGUUCCAAAUAUGUUCCACCUAGCAUGAGGUCCAUUUGGAGCACAGUUGAUAUUAAAGCAUGUUUAGCUUCAAAGUUUGAAUUUUUAAAGCUGAGUAGUUAAGGAUUUCCUGUAAGGCCAAAACUGUAAAUUGAGCCUCAUACCUGGUAUAUAUUUUACCAAACAGCCUUAAACAAUAUUUGGAAGCAAAAACCAAGACGAAUGUAUAUCCUUUAAAAUAAUGCAAAAAAAGAUCCCUUACAUAUUCUCCUAGAAAUGAAUAUUCUAUCCCCAGAGUGUUCAAAGCAUUUUCUACAUAAAGAAAGAGCUGAAUCCUGGGUAGUGUACAAUACUGAUGCUGCUUCCUAUACUUAUUGUACUAUAUUAAAUACAAAUGUAUUUGCAAGUAUUGGCAUUUUAGUCUUUUUAAAUGGCAUUAUUUAAAGUUGAGCUGCUAUUUAGAAAUAAUCCACAGAGAAGCAAAGCCAGUGUAUUUCCUAGAUAGGGGAAAAAUAAAACAGACUUGCACGCACACAUAAAGAAAUAUGUAUAACUACUGGCAGCUGAUAUAUUUUACCUAAUUUCCUUGAACACAUACAAAAUAUAUAAAGGGAAAAUAUAAAGAUUAGGUCAUAACCAUUAAACUUAGAUCCCAGAAGAAAGUACAAUAACUUGAAUGAAGUUAUUCAUCAAAUUUGGAUUCUUUUUUGGCAUUCAGUGUCUUCAUUCUUUUAUUUCUACCAUACCCCCCCCCAAAAAAAUAAAAGAAAGAUGGUAUAUAAUAUAAAUAGAUAGAUAUAUAUUUAUGGUUAAACCAUCCUGUGGAUGAACAAAUAAAAACCCCACUAAAUUUUACAAUGGUUGUCGACUGAUAUGUUAAGUAUGCCUCUCUGGAGAUGUAUAAUUCCCUCUUUGGUCCAUCUAUGUUCCAAAGGAGAUUAUAUGAAAGCAGAUGCCUGCUGUGAGAUGAUAAAAUGUUACCUGUUCAUGAUCCACAUCCAAGUGCAAUAUAUUCAACUUGUCAUACAGGUGAUAUUCUAUCAACAAAAGCAGAAAAGAAGCCAUGUUCAUUUAUGUGUUGUCCGUUUCACCAAUUAAAGAGAAAUAAAGCAAUCUUUAUAAUACUUGUGUUAUAAGUCAAUCAAGCCAACUUAUUUCAAUCACUUCUAGCACAUAAUGACCACAACCACCACAAUAAGUCUAUCAUAUAGUUUAAACCACCUCCUCUAGAGUGUACUUUUAAUUUUUAAAAUAAUGCAUGGAAAUGAAAUUGAGUGUUUAACGCAUGGUUGAAAGUAAUGGUAUAAAAUGUUCUAUAAACAUGAUAUCAAAAGAUAUUUUGAUGCUCUCCAUAUCUAUAUAGAUACACUACAUAUAUGUGCAUAUAUACACAUCCUAAAGAUAUCACUGACCAUUGAAAAAUUAAUAUUACUAAUUAAUCACAUUGCUGAAAAACAACAAACCAUUUGAUCGGCUAUAAAACUUCAUAUGUAAAAACUCAAUCCAGAAAGUCUUAGUUAACUGUAAAGACAAAUCAACACAAAAAUAAUAAACAAAAAUCAAAAAUUUAACAUUUAACCCCCCCCAAAAAAAUUUUAAGGAUAUGUAGUUCUUAAAAAUAAAUUGUUUUCAAUGCAUCUAUUUCUUUGCAUUUCCUUCCUCCAUUCUCUACUCCGUUAAAUGUGAUUGUUAUCAGACUAUUAGCAUUUUUUCUCUGCAAAUUUCCCAAUGGGAACCUUGGAUAGUAUAUAAAGAAUAUGAUUUUUGCAUUUUUAUAUGAAAACAUAACAUUGCAAUUCAAAGUUAAAAUUUUGUUAGUGUUUUCAAGUUCAGAUCCAUUGAAAAUUUUAAGCUUACUUAGCUUAAAGUACAUUUUAAGUGACAUAAUUUCUAAAUCCCCACUCCCAAACAGUAUAGUCAGUCUACCAUUGACUUUAAUAACUUUUCUUUUAGUAUAGACAUUAAAAAAUUGUUGAAAUUCCACCCUUUUGGUUUCAAUGGGUGGAUAGAAUUUACCAUUAGAAAACUUAUGUUUCACUUUAUGUGCAUAGAUACAUGGACUUUGAGCACCUUCUUUUGACCUAUGUGUCUCCAUUUUCUUGUCUUGACUUUUUCCCUUUUUGACCAUUCUUCCAAGUGCAGAAUACUAUAUUAAUUAUAAAUUUUGGCACUUCUAUAAUUCUCAUUAAGUUUCUGUAUUUUUCUGUUUUCAUGAGGCAUCUCCAUAAUGGAUAUACUGGGGAAGGGGGAGGGGGGAUGCUUGCCAGAAUCUAAGGUAAACAAUUUGCCUAUAUCAUUCAUGAGAUCCAUCUAGGUCUGGCCAAACUCUACUCGUGAGAGUCUCACCCACUGUUCUGUGCCUGCUAGUAAUGAUUCUAAUAAAUCCAGAUUAGACCCUGAAGUAUAGUUUGUAGGAACAACUCAAAGGUUUGGGCAACUGUUUAGUAGAACUAAGCACACAAGUUAUUCUAAUAUCUCCUGUGGUCAGUCAAACACAGUAAAUAGGCAAGAGAACCCAUUUGUUGGGCCUGAAAUGGAACAUAAGAAUAUAAAUUUUCUGGAGCUAUUCCUGACAUCCUUCCAAAUAAUAAUAAUAAUAAUAGUUAACAUCACCACCCCCACAUCACACUAGGAAUCCUGUGGCAUGGAAAAGGUAAAAUGUAGGAAGGAGGACUAGUACUGACUUUUAUCACUAGGGAUUAUCUCAUACCAGAGUGAAUGCAAAAAGGUGGGUUCCUAUAUUGAGCUCCCCAUGAAACUUCCAAAAAGCGAAUCAUAUUAAAGAAGCAUAGGUAUCAGAGUAGACUUGGGAGUCUGGAAGACCCUGUGUUCAAAUCCUUUCUCAGAAUCUUUCUAGUUGUAUAACUCUAUCCAAGUCAUGUAUCCUCCUUAUGCCUCAGUUUCUGCAUCUGUAAAAUGAAAGGAUUGGGUUCAGUGUUCUCUAAGGUCCCUUCUUGCUCUAAAUCUAUGAUCUAUUAUACCAUCAUUCUUCAGGAGUCAAGACUGGAUAUUGCAUCCAUCUGAAUACUGAUGUCCUUUUUUAAAAAUAUGGAUGUUAUCUAUAUAAGGCAUUUCUGUCUAUCUAAAUUGUAUUCAUUUCACAAGGUAAUCUGUCCCCACUAAAUCCUUUUAGUUUCUGACUUUUUUUCAUAACAAAUUAAACACAUCAGGGAUUUAAGAAAUCAAGAAGUUAGUCAUUUAUUAAUUGAAUUCAAGCCAGAUAUUUUCCAGUGAAAUUGUGUCAUCUUUUUUUAAAUUUGGGUUUAAGUUCAUACUCUUCGCCUUCGUUAACGCUACUUUUUAAGUUAAAUCUCAUGUGCCUAGAUAACUAGGUCACAUUAGUACCUGGUAUCAUAAAGGACCUCAUACUUUCAUGGAAAGAGAUAUAUGGUCAAUUGCAACUACCAUCAAUUUAAUUGUUUAAGGUAUCAAGAAAGGUUAUUUUUGUAACUUGAAAGCCACUUCACAUAAAGAGGUGCCAGGAUAAUUUGAAAAUUGAUAAAAAGGUUCAAGUACUUAGUGGCCUGUCAGUUAGGCAAUCUAAUUUUUAGUUUCACGUUAACCACUAAAUCAUUGUGCUGUCUGGCUUAGAUGCAUUAUGUCUCAGUUUUCUCAUCUGUAAAGUUGGCAUAAUAAUAAUAACAACAACAAUAAUACCUAUCUCUUGCUUAGCUCACAAAUAUAUCUUAAGGACUGACAACUUAAUGUCACUAAGGUACUCUGAGUUACCAAGAAGCAAGUGAUAAAAAGAUGAGGUAUUAUUAUUAUUAGAUUAGAUAACAAAUUCUAGAGACAUGAAUAUUAAAGAGAAUUAUUAACAAUUUUGUUCUUCUUUAGUGGUCUACAUCACACGCAAUGUUAAGAUGCAUUUUUCCAACAGGUUUAGAAACCUGCAAAAGACUAGGGCAUGUGAAGUCUCGAAAGAGAACAGGAAGUAUUGGUCAAAUGCACUAAUACUGACCCCAUGCCCAGCUUUGGAAUGCUCCCUUGGCAUUUUGACUUGCAAAGAGCUCACAAAACAGCCUCUCAGUGGGUUUGGAGGUGGGGAGAUAGCCCAAGGAAAAUGGAUGUUUCCCCUGUGCCUUUGGCUCCUAUGUUUCUAGAGUGUUUCCAUGAAUACCGACCAGCCUCUAUCCCAAAUUAAGCUUCAACAAAAUAACAUUUGGUAGAACACUUACAUUUGUGCACUUCCAGGAUGAAUUCAAGUAAACACUAAAGAAGGAAAGAAAAUCAAUGUCAGAAAAUAGAGAACUGAGCCUGUGUUAUGUGUCCUAAGUGAAAUUAGACACAGUUAUCAAGAUUGUCUUGAUAUUUCUGACAACCAUUUUGGAGGAAUGCCCCCAUCCAGUUCUAGUUUGUAGAAGUCCUUAAUUUUAUGACUCAGAGAAACUAGUCCAUGGCAACACUCCAAGAAACAACCACCUUGUCAUGCAAGUGGUCACUGAGAAAUGUCUAUAAUUUAUAUGACUUACUGUCCUGGACCUUCUAUUUGUAUCCAGCUUUAAUAAAAAUUACAUACAGUUUCAAUGUAAACAUUUGGUUGAUGACAUUCUCUGCAGAGGAAGUGUUAUCGACAUAACAGGAAAUACUUUUAAGAAAUAUUUUGUAUAUAUACAAACAAAAGGAACACAGAGGUUUACCUCCCUACUUUCUUAUAUUUUAUGUGACUCUUCAUCAUUGGUGCUGAAUCUGAACCUGAAAGAUUUGUCAGUCAAAUCUUUCCUAUAUCUAACGAAUAAGAGGAGCUAAUGAACAGUUACUGAAAAGUUUCUUGAAGUACAAAUUUAUCCUUCACACGGAGACCAUAAUCACCGCAAAGCAUAAUGGUUCAUGUCUACUGAAACUCACCCGGGGAAAACACAAGCGUUCCUUGUAAUUACCUAUGGAUGCCACCUGCUCAUGCUUUAAUUUUUCUCCAUUGUUUUAGUAAUAUGAUCAUAUCACUUUUAAAGGGCUCAGCAUGUAUGUAUCUUUCACUCCACUUUAUAUACUGGUUUGCUGAAUUAACAAGGUUUCCCUUGCAAAUAGUGCAACCUAGACUACGUUGGAACUCUCCUUUCCAAAAAAUAAGCCACUCCUCCCUGUACACAUUCUUCCUGUGCAGAGGCUGAAUUCAUGCAUCUAUCAUCCAUACUCCAUACCAAAAUACUCAAAGGUGGCCUAAGGACUAAAUUAAACGCCUCCUAUAGAAUUUCCAGGAAUGUUAGAACCAGGAAACUAGUUGUUUAGUUAAAGUUUAACAAAAAAAAGUAUAUAAAUAUAUAUAUAUAAAUAUAUACAUAUGAAAUCAUAUCAACAAUGAGGAUGAACUGAGUGCCAAAUAGCCAACAUCUGUACAAAGUCACAUGCCACUAGAGUUAACUAUUUUAUGUAAUUCUCUUUCACAUGCUUUUCAGAUUCUUUUGAUAAAUUCUCUUUAGUAGCAUGCAGGAUAUCUACUCUGAAUGUACAGUAUGCUCUUCCAUUACCACCACACCUUUGUGCUCCUGGGUAAUAAUUUCAUUACCAGAAUGUUGGUCGUUCCUUUAAAACACUGAAGAAUUGCUUUAUUUGAGUUUUUCUUUUUCCAUGAUCCUUUGUUCACUCUGAGCUGAUUGUAAGGAAAAUGUGCUUCACUAUUUUGCUCCAGAACUCUUUUAUGAAGCUGCUCUUUCAAUUGAUUUCUGUAUUGCUUUAUGUUCAUCUCCUGUAAAUAAUUCUGCAAUUAAAUUUUUUGAGAAAAGUA